AUGUCCACUAUCAGCACUGUUCUUGCUUCCACUCCAACACCAAGGUUAUUAGGCAAAGUAGCAUUGAUUACAGGUGGGGCAUCUGGAAUAGGAGAAAGCAUUGUGCGUCUCUUCCAUACACAUGGUGCUAAAAUUUGUAUGGUUGAUGUGCAAGACAAUCUUGGAAAGCAGGUGUGUGAAUCCCUCGGGGAUGAAGCUAAUGUUGUUUAUCUCCAUUGUGAUGUGUCCAUAGAAGAUGAUGUUUCCCAUGUAGUGGACUUCACUGUGGGUAGAUUUGGCACCCUUGACAUCAUAGUCAACAAUGCUGGAAUUUCUGGAUCACCUUGUCCUGACAUCCGCAAUGCAGACUUAUCAGAAUUUGACAAGGUGUUUAGUAUAAAUGUUAAGGGAGUGUUCCACGGGAUGAAACAUGGUGCUCGAAUUAUGAUCCCAGAGAAGAAGGGCUCAAUUGUUUCUUUAUGCAGUGUAGCAAGUGCCUUAGGUGGCCUUGGACCACAUGCAUACACAGGUUCUAAAUAUGCUGUUUUGGGACUUACAAAGAAUGUUGCAGCUGAACUAGGGAAACAUGGUAUAAGAGUGAAUUGUGUGUCACCUUAUGGUGUUGCAACAGGUUUGGCUGUGGCCCAUUUGCCUGAGAAUGAGAGAACUGAGGAUGCAAUGGUUGGUUUUCGUGAUUUUACUGGGAGAAUGGCCAACUUGCAGGGAGUAGAGUUAACUACCCGUGAUGUGGCUAAUGCUGUGCUCUUCCUUGCAAGUGAUGAUGCAAGAUAUAUCAGUGGAGAUAAUCUCAUGGUUGAUGGAGGCUUCACGACUUCAAAUCACUCACUUCAAGUUUUUAGAUGA